AUUGCUUUUUCUUAACUAUUUGACUCUCCAUAUUUUUUUGCUACAGAUGUUACUGUUUCUGAAAAUCCAAAUCAAAGUGUUCCUGUUUCUGAAGAUCCAAUUCAAAAUAUGAUUGAAGAGAAUGCUAAAAUCAGAUAUGAAAGUCAAAAAACUAAAAAUCUGACCAAACUUUUAGAAAAUAGAAGAAUUGGACAUACAGAAGAAUUAAAAAAUAGAAUUGCCCAUGAAAGUACAGGAUUUUUCCUAGAAUUACGUCGACUUGCCAACGAUAGAAGACCUACUAUUGAACGAGCUGUAAAAAAGAUAAUUGCAGAAAAAUUAGCUCCUACAGUCGAUGAAGCUGGAAAUGUUGCUCCGAUAUACAUGAGUAGUCCGAUAUGUCUUUUGAUAGCAUUGUGGAUUAGUUCAAACACUGCUUCUAAAACACCUACAAAAUUUGAUGGUGAUAAUUGUAUCAUAGGAUAUAAAAAAUAUCAUUUUGUAAAAUACAGAUCCAUUGAUGGCAAACUUUGGCAAGUCAAUCGCCUCGAUGUACCAAUUAAAGAACUAAACGUACAACUAUAUGAGGAAAACUUUAUUUAUAAUAUUUUAGAAGAGUAUUAAAUUGUACAUUUUUUAUAAAUUAUAAAAUAUUUAAAUAAUUUAUACACAUUGCACUAACAUCCGAAUUGUCUAAUAAUAUAAUGUUUUUUCUAAAGUAAACGGACUUACUAUUAUAAACACA